CGCGCGCCUUAGAGCGAGUGGGAUAAGCUCCUAAUUUCGACUAGUCAGAUUCAAACAAAGCGAAUCCCACUCUUUGAAGUUAUUCAGUUCCUGCCUUGGAACAUCACCCACUUGUUUCUGGCGCCAAUCCAUUCCAAGUAAAUGGAGAUGAUAAUGCUGAUAAUCCUCUCUCUCUUAAUCCCAGCAAUCUGCGGAGAAUUCAUUGCUCGCGGAGCCAAUCUCCGGCACCAAUCACCGGGUGAGACCUUAUGCAGUCAGCUCAUUGAACCUGCUGGCUACCCUUGUACCGAACACACUAUACAAACGAAGGAUGGUUACUUGCUAGCUCUUCAACGUGUUUCAUCACGUAAUGGGAAUAUAAGGCUGCAACGUGGCCCUCCUGUUUUGCUUCAACACGGACUCUUUAUGGCAGGUGAUGCAUGGUUUUUGGACUCUCCAGAGCAGUCAUUAGGCUACAUCCUUGCAGAUGAGGGCUUUGAUAUAUGGGUUGGAAAUGUACGUGGGACAUUUUGGAGUUAUGGGCAUGUAUCUUUGUCAGACAAAGACAAGGAAUUUUGGGACUGGAGCUGGCAGGAAUUGGCUCUAUUUGACCUUUCAGAAAUGAUACAACACAUAUAUUCGACAGCAAACUCCAAAGUUUUUGUUGUUGGGCAUUCCCAGGGGACACUCAUGUCUCUGGCUGCUCUCACUCAGCCAAAUAUAGUGGAAAUGGUUGAAGCUGCUGCUCUUUUAUGUCCAAUAUCAUACCUGGAACAUAUAAGUGCUCCAUUUGUACUUCGAAUGGUUGGCUUACAUCUUGAUCAGAUGGUUCUGGCCAUGGGCAUACAUCAAUUGAACUUUAGAAGUAAAGUGUUGAUCAACCUUUUGGAUUCCAUGUGUGACGGUCUCAUAGAAUGUGAUGACUUGCUAACUUCCAUUACAGGGCAGAAUUGUUGCCUUGACAGCUCAAGCGUGGACAAAUUUUUUGAAUAUGAACCUCACCCAUCGUCUGCAAAAAAUCUGCAUCAUCUUUUCCAGAUGAUUCGUCAGGGUACUUUUUCCCAAUAUGAUUAUGGAAUAUUGAAAAACCUGAAGCUGUAUGGCCAGGUGAAACCCCCAGCAUUUGAUCUUAGUCUAAUACCCAAGUCAUUGCCAUUAUGGAUGGGCUACGGGGGCUAUGAUGCUUUAGCAGACGUGACAGAUGUGGAGCACACUCUCAAGGAGUUGCAGUCCAAACCUGAGUUGCUUUAUCUGGAGAACUAUGGUCAUCUAGAUUUCCUCAUAAGUGUACAAGGAAAGAAAGACGUUUUCAAGCAUAUGAUUAGAUUUUUCAGGUCACUGGGCAAAUCUAGUAGUUGAAUUGGCUACUCAUAAUAUGAGAAAGCUACUGUUAAAUGUAUACUUGACUAAUUACUUUGCGUGCAAUGCAUAUAUUGUUUGUAACAGGGCUUGUAAAUGUGAUUACUAAUUACCAACAAAGAAUAUGAUAAAGGAAACAAAAACAUAUUACUUUUCUUA